GUCAGUGCACCAGGCUAAGGCUAAGCUAACGGUACAUCCGGGUACUCUGCUCCAUUGACAACCCUGCGAAGAUGGCGACUACUGGGAGGAGUGCAUCAUUAUCCUCCACCUUAACUGGAUCCAAGACCACGCUGGAGAACCCGGAGGAGGAUGACGGGCAGAACUUGUGGUCGACUAUCCUGAGCGAAGUGUCAACCCAUUCAAGAUCUAAAUUACCAUCUGGGAAAAAUGUCCUGGUUAUGGGGGAAGUUGGCUCGGGGAAAACCACCUUGGUUGCCAAGUUACAAGGGGUUGAAGAGUAUAUGAAAGGGCGAGGUCUCGAAUACCUCUACAUCAGUGUCCAUGACGACGACAUUGAUGACCACACGAGGUGUAACGCGUGGGUCUUAGACGGAGACUUGUACCACAAAGGUCUACAGGGAGUGGCUGUACCGGUAGACGCGAUCGGCAACACGUUAUUGCUGAUAACGGUUGACAUGUCGCGGCCGUGGAACGCGCUGGACUCGCUCCAGAAGUGGGCCGCGGGCGCGAGGGAACACGUCGACAAACUACGGGUGCCUCCAGAAACGCUGCGGGAGCUCGAGCAAAGACUUGUAAAACAGUUUCAGGAAUACACGGAGCCUGGGGGUGGGGAGGAUGGGACCUCACAGAGGAGGUCCGAUGAGGAGGAGAGCGUCUUGCUGCCCUUAGGAGACAACACCCUCACGCACAACCUGGGCAUACCCAUGAUAGUGGUCUGCACUAAGUGUGAUGCCAUCAGCACUUUGGAGAAGGAGCACGACUACAGAGACGAACACCUGGACUUUAUCCAGUCCCACAUCAGACAGUUCUGUCUACAGUAUGGAGCUUCUCUUAUCUACACAUCCGUGAAGGAGAUGAAGAACCUCGACGUGCUGUAUAAAUAUCUGGUCCACAGACUUUACGGCUUUCCAUUCCACUGCCCCGCACAAGUGGUGGAAAGAGAUGCGGUCUUCAUUCCCUCAGGUUGGGACAAUGAAAAGAAGAUUGCAAUACUUCACGAGAACUUCCAGACCAUAAAGACAGAUGACAGGUUUGAGGAUGUGAUCGUUAAACCACCAGUCAGAAAGAUUGUCCAUGAAAAGGAGAUUCAGGCUGAAGAUGACCAAGUGUUUCUGGUAAAAUUGCAGUCUCUGCUCUCCAAACAGCCUGCUGUUACUGUCGGGCGACCGGUGGACACGACAAACAGAGCACCCACUGGUUCACCGCGGACAAGCAAUCGUUCUGCAGCCGCCAACGUGGCCAACGCCAUGCCGCAGUCAGGUCAAACCAGUGAGGGGGUCUUAGCCAACUUCUUUAAUAGUCUACUGACAAAGAAAGCAGGCACAGGAGGAGCCGGAACGGCAGGAGGUGGCAACAACACUCCAGGGACGGUACGCAAAUCAGGCUCAAAAUUGGGCCUGAGUGAUGUACAGGCGGAGCUAGACCGCAUAUCCAACCGAGAGACGGACUUGCCCAAUGCCAGCGAGACCCCCGCCCCUGACGCCCAAGAGACAUGAAGAUCAUCACACUUCAGUCAAUCUACUUCUCUCAGCCACCCUCCGCCUCUUUUGACCUCCCUGCCUCCCUCCUCCUGCUCUGAUCCACGGAUAUACAGGGGAUAAUAAGAGGGAAGUAGGGAAAAGGAAAAGGUGGACACCGAGUUUUUUCAACCCAUUGUCUUUCACCCCCCAUACGAAGACUUGCCUCUCUCCAAAUCCUCUUCUAAAAACUACCCCCACCCUUUCAACCCCAAACUACCCUUCUUACCUGGCUGUUACACGGGAGGGAGAAUGUGUCACUGUAAAUGCAAGAAUGGUUACAUGAGUAAGCGGACCAACUUGGGGGGAUGUAGUGCUGGAAUGAUUUUUGAAAAUAUUCAUUGCGGGACAGAGAGUGAAGGUGUUGUUCCAUCCAUUAAUUGUGAUGGUUCAAUUUCUGUGUGUGUGUGUGUUUUUAAAUGGUAGAAACUGCUGAAAGACAUGUUUAAGAAACUGCACUUAGAUAAUAGGGUUUUGGGCCAGUUACACAAGUAAAGGAUGUGAGAGAACAAAAAUUAAUGCCUGAAACAAGACUUUUUUUUUUUAAAGAAGGGACAAGUGUGUGUGUGUGUGUGUGAGUGUGUGAGUGAGAGAGAGAGAGAAAAUGAAGGACGUAAGUGCAACCUAUUCAUAUGUUGGAGUUCUAUUUACAAACCAAAAAGGGAAAAAAAAUGACUAUGCUCACUACACUCAUUGAAAUACACUAAACCCCACACUCAACAUGGACAAAAAAACUAAACAAAAUGAUACUUCAGUUUAGCAUGGCGCACACUUUGACAUCUGACCAACCUCCCUUCGUGAUACACAGAAACUGCAAAAGGCGAGUGAGAUUUACUUGUACAGAAUGACGCACUUGUGAUUCCAGAGGCAGGGUGGUGGUUGGCCAGAGGAUGUCAAACCAUGGUAGGGUCACAUCAAGAAUGUACAGCCAUCGUCUUGCUGAUUGGUCCCGUUAUUUCAGAGCUCCGUGUUGGCGUUUGUAUAAUCUGAUCUGUUAAGCAGUCAAAUAAAGGUAUUUAUUCGGAGUCA